AAUCAGGCAGGUUUAAAAGAUAGAGGGUUCGAACAAUUAAUUUGAAAAAAAAAAAAAAAAAAAAAAGGGGUCAGCGGUUAGCGUUUUGUUCGUUUCUGUCCACCACAACACACCUUGAAUUUGAUGCUGGCUCAGUCUCGCCGCAAUCUUGAAGUGUGGACUUUCUGUUGCUCUCUCUCGCAUUCUGUUGUUGGUUCGUGCUGAGACUAAGAUUCCAGUGUUCCACGGACGCUGCUGUUUCUAUCUCUUGUUUAGUGGAGCUCCAGCAGGGGAUUCUAGGGCUGAGCCUCUUCAAACUCCAGUCUUUCUCUCUCCCCAAUGGCUGCAUUUGUAAGACGAAUUCCUGGAAACUGUCUUCAAUAUACCUGCAUGUCGAAUCCAAACAAGUCUUCAUCGUACUGCUUCUCUAGGGUAUUUUCUUCCACAAUCAUUGUUAAAGGUUUUCCUUUCUCUACAACAGAUGAGAGGUUGGCUGAAGUAUUCUCACAAUUUGGUGAAAUCACUGAAGUUAAAAUAGUGAAGAACAAAGACUCAAACAAGUCUAAAGGUUUUGGAUUUGUGACGUUCACUGGUGAAAGUGAUGCCCAGAAGGCUAAGAUGGAGAUGAAUGGACAGUUAUUGGAUGGGCGUGCUCUCCUUGUAGACAAUAAAUCUCCUGAAAGACGUUUCAAGGAUGCUCGCAAGAGAACCAAUCAAGCCGGUGGAUGAUCGUUGAUUUCCUUCAGACAUUCUCACCAUUGCUUUUCUCCUUGAAUGAUGGUACAUAUGGUACUUUUAAACUAGCAUGUAGAGCAUCCUAUUCUUUGUGGAGUUGCACUGAAUCACUAGUCCUAUCCUCACAGUGACUGUGAUGAAUGAUGCCCCGUACACGAUUCCCUUCAGAAGGAUUUUAUAUUAGUUGGAUUUGUGAUGGAAAAACCAAUGUGUUGCAAGGAGUGAUAUAUGUCAAGCUACCUACUUUAGUGUUAUCAUUAUGAGUUUAGUAGAACAUUCUAUUCUCUGUGGAGUUGCACUGAAUCACUAGUUCUAUCCUCACAGCGACUGUGAAUGAAUGACGCCUCUUACAUGAUUCCCUUCAUAAGGAUUUUAUAUUACUUGGAUUUGUGAUGGAAAAAACAAUUUGUUGCAAGGUGUGACAUAAGUCAAGCUACCUACUUUAGUGUUA